AGGGCGCGCGGCAGUGAUGCUUUUUGAUGCAUGUGAACUUUUGUUGUUGAUUUUUGUACAUAUACAUUGAUAUAGCUAGCUGUAGAUCCGAACAGUUACUAAAAUGACAGAAGAGGUGCAGAAACACUCUGUUCACACGCUCGUGUUCAGAUCUCUGAAGAGGGCACAUGAUAUGUUUUUGUCAGAAUACUCCAACCCAGUCUCAUCAGAUCCUGUUAACGAGAAGCUGUUACUGUCUGUGAAGGCAAAGGAUGAGUAUGGACCGAUCUUACACUUGGGAACAGCCAAAGAAUCACAGAAGGACCAGCGUCAAGUGAAUGGCGGACAACCUGCAACAGACAUAUACUAUCCUGGAGCUGAGAGACAUGCAGAUUUGCCACCACGAAUUCAGACUGGGUACAGUUAUCCGAAUGCUCCGGGUGUGCAGCUGUCUGCAGACACGAUGGCCCAGCACAGGGCUCUGAGUGAGCAGGGUCUCAUGCAGGCAAGACAGGGUCUUCCACCUUCUCAAGCCAGACGAGAUCAGGAUAAAGUGGCCGCAGGAAUCUACGAUAUUCAGCAGAAUGCAGGCUUGCAGGAGCGUAUCGGUCCACCAGCGACAUCUAAGGCUCUCGUCCUCGCGCAGACGACAGAUAAGACGGCUCUGGUUCCAAGGAAGGCUCCGACGAUGCCCAAGCCGCAGUGGCAUCCACCCUGGAAGUUGUUUCGUGUGAUCAGCGGUCACUGGGGCUGGGUGCGCUGCAUCGCCGUCGAGCCGGGUAACGAGUGGUUCGUGACUGGAGCGGCUGACAGAGUCAUCAAGAUCUGGGAUUUGGCAACCGGUCAGUUGAAGCUGUCACUCACUGGUCACGUGAGCACCGUCAGAGGUGUGGCCGUCAGUUCCCGACAGCCCUACCUGUUCUCCUGUGGAGAGGACAAGCAGGUGAAGUGCUGGGACCUAGAAUAUAACAAGGUGAUCCGACACUACCACGGCCACCUGAGCGCGUGCUACGGCCUCGACCUCCACCCGACCAUCGACGUACUACUGACGUGCUCGCGCGACUCGACCGCGCGCGUCUGGGACAUGCGCACGAAGGCCUGCGUACACACGCUGGUCGGACACAGCAACACGGUCGCCGACGUCAAGUGUCAGGCCGUCGAGCCGCAGGUCAUCACUGGGUCACACGACUCGACGGUGCGACUGUGGGACCUCGCGGCAGGCAAGUCCCGAGCAACUCUCACCAAUCACAAGAAGAGCGUGCGCGCCGUUCAAAUUCAUCCUACGCUGCACAUGUUUGCAUCUGCGUCGCCGGACAACAUCAAGCAGUGGAGGUUCCCGGACGGCAACUUUGUUCAGAAUCUGUCCGGCCACAGCGCCAUUGUGAACUCCCUUGCACUGAACACGGACAAUGUGCUCGUAUCCGGGGGUGACAAUGGCACGUUACACUUCUGGGACUGGAAGACCGGCUACAACUUCCAACGAUUCCAAGCCCCCGUACAGCCAGGCUCCAUUGACAGCGAGGCUGGAGUCUUUGCAAUGACCUAUGACCUCAGUGGCAGCAGACUUCUUACUGCGGAGGCCGACAAGACGAUCAAGAUCUACAAGGAGGAUGACUCUGCGACUGAGGAGAGUCACCCCAUCAACUGGAAGCCAGAAAUCAUUAAGAAACGCCGAUACUAAUCCUGCAGAUGAUUAACGCAAUUCUGAUACAUAACGUAAUAUCAAUGAUUUCGUACAUGUGUAUCUUUUCAUCCCAUCAGAUUUCAUCACAAAAAGAUAAUGUUAAUAAUCUGCUGUGUAUACAUACGUAGAUGUACUCAUGGUGUGUAGAAAUUGGCGAUAAAGUUCUAGCUUGGUUACUUACAGGUAAAUGCCAGUGCUUAUACAUGUUAUAUGAGCAUUAUACAGUGUAAACCCAACCUGUUCUUGUUUGUAUUUGUAUAAGGGCUUAAAAUUAUUAUAGCAUUGAUUCCAUUGAGCAUGUUUGGAGAUAAUUGAAUAGCUAGGUGGAAACUUUGCAGUAUAGACUAGCUGUGACACAAUCCAUUGUAUUGCUAAUACUUUAUCACUGUAUGUAAUAAAAAUUUUACAUGUAAA